AUGUAUCAUAUAAUAAAACUAUUCACUCACUUGCAGGUAUGUUACUCCCAUUUCCUCGUUGGUUAAGUUCCUAAAGGCAGAAAUAAGUUUCCGUGCCUCCCAUUGCAGGUUAAUUCCUUCCAUUAGCAUCUUCUUAGGAUCAACUUGCUCUCCUGAAUUUGCAUACGUCCACUCGUCCUCAUUAGAAUAUGAAGGAGUUUUAAUACUUGUGUAUCCUUCAUUUCGUAACUUGAGGGCGUCAGACUCCGUAGCACCGGGAGAAAAUUCUUUAUCUUGUGUAGAACAAGUCCUUUCAGAUAGCAAAGCCAAAAGAAAUAUGCAAACAUUGCACCAAACAACUAAACCUGCAGCGGCCAUCUUGGAUUUUGAUCUCAAGUUGACUUGAUAAUAACUUAAUAUUCCUCAUACCAACCUGGCCAUCUGGACUUAGAACUUCAUAAACAAAAUUUCUGAUGGUCACCUGUAUUCUUAACUUUUGUGGUGUCCCUUUCUUAUCUUUGGAUGAUGGGAAAACAUCCUCCACAAUGUGGCGUACAUUGUUGGACACCAAAUCCUCAACGAUAGAGCUAGCACUUUAUUCCAAGUUAGUUUCAGAUACGAAACUAAAGUCUUGAAUAAGGCAUUUGUAAACAAAAAUGGCUGCGCCCAUGAUAAGGUUCUCAGCUGAAGGACUUUCUUGUAAAAUGUGCGCAUUGAGGUCGUUUUGUUCUGCCUUUACAUCUAAAAAAUAUCGGAAUACGUCACAGAAGCAGACUCUUAGGAAACAGAGGGUUGACGUCGUUAGCCCAUCACGUUUCUUUCGAACUGCAUCAGGUCCCCUGCUACAUGGAGAGUAUGAAUGGGAGGACCCAAAGUCUGAAGAUGAAGUGGUCAAUAUUGUGGUGAUAGACAAGAAAGGAAAUAGGAAUCCCAUCAGAGGCAAAAUUGGUGAUAAUUGUCUAUACCUUGCUAAAAGAUACAACAUGGAAAUUGAAGGUGCUUGUGAAGCUUCCCUAGCCUGCAGCACAUGCCAUGUUUAUGUGCAUGAUGAUUAUUUAGAUAUUUUACCAGAACCAGAUGAAAAGGAGGAUGACAUGCUGGACAUGGCACCUUUUUUAAAAGAAAAUUCAAGAUUAGGUUGCCAAAUUAUAUUAACUAAAGAAAUGGAAGGAAUGGAAUUGACUCUUCCAUCAGCAACUAGAAACUUCUAUGUAGAUGGUCAUGUUCCUCAACCUCACUAGCAAUUCCAGAAAAUAGCAUCAAAAAUCUGUGUGACACUAAGAGUGUUUCAGUUGGAUGAAAUUGUCAAAAAGCAUUAUUUUUUGUUUAAUGGCAUUUAAAAAUUCUGUCAUCACUGCUUGAGUGGGUAAAUAAUGCCAAUCAAUAGGUCUUUCUGUUAUCAAGGCUCAGGUAUCAUUGGUUACUUAUGUUGCUUCAGUUACUUUACAAACAAUUAUAGUUUUAAUGUAUAAGUAAGGUGUGCAUAAAAAUGUAUUAUACAAGCAUUAAAAUUAGUAAUUGUGAUAGUUUGUUGAUCUUAGAAAUAUUAUACUCUAGACAUCAGUUUAGUAAA